AACAACACGGGUUGUUCCUUUCAUUUUCAUAGUAACAUUCUACCAAAUAAUAGGAAUAGCACAUUUUGUCAGUUUGUUAGCAUAUAAGAUAACUAGCAUUGUUGUCCUGGAAACUUGUUGACUUGUGUGUGGUUCUUGCUUACAGGUCCCCAAUUGUAGUAUUUUUCACCAGUUUCACUACUGGGAACGCACUGUUUUGUGUCUGUAGCUUUAAAGAUAAAGAGGUGUGUUUGUUUGUGUGUUCACUUUUUAUAUGACAUAACUUGUAAUAAUAAUAUUUGCCAUGUAUCACAUGUAAUAAUGUAACAUUAAGAUGUGGGACAGAUCAAACUUACACCUCUGUUGGCUGAGCUAUACAAAGUGGUGGGCGUAUCGAUUUUGGGGGUGGGUCAGAGGUGCUAGCACAUCCAUGAGCUGUGUUUGAGAAAUAUUCCAUGCAUGAUCCCAUAUGCACAUGUACGUGCAUUUUUGCAGCAAAAGGGUCAGACAAGCUCGUGAUGAAUCUCAUCUUUGACCCUCUUGUCUCUUUUUGGGUACCUCCUUUUUCUUCUCCUCAUAUGCCCCCUUUUCCUUUCAGAUGACAUUUUAGUGUGUAUGCUUUCCUAGCUCCGUCAUGUCUGCCACUACUAACCUCCCCUCCUCCCUCCUCGUCUUGAUGUUCUCCAGCUCCUGGAAGUCACAACAUGCACUCCUCCUCCUUGUAAUCCAACUCUUUUCUCAGCACCUCCCUCCCUCCUUUUCCACCGUCUCUCUCAUUCCGCAUGCUUCCACUCACUCCAACUUCUCAUUCGACUCAAUGGGGUCAGGAUAGUAUUGUGGUGAGGGAUAUUAUUUUUGCCAGGAAGAAAAAUCCCAACCCAGGGGGGCCUCACGUGGGCGACCAUGUUGGGUCAGAGCGUGCGUCUGCAGCCCGUGGCCAUCCAGAACCUGUCGGAAGUGGAGCGAGCCAGACUCCAGCAAGUGGCCUUGUGUCACCUUGACCAGAGGGACCUGGACUUUAAGAUCAGCAUUCCCAGAGAUGUACGCAAACGGAGAAAAUCCCUACGCAGGAAAUUUGACUCUUUUUCCAAGGAAAAAAAGGAGCGUGUAGAGUCGGCCCCCAAGGCGUUUGGCAUCCCGCUCUCACAGGUCAUAGCCAACGACCGUGCCUUCAAGCGGCGUCAGGACGCCCUGAAGGAGAGCAGGCGUGACUGCUUGGAGCUGGAGGCCAGCGUCUUGCGCUUUAGGUCAGAGAAGAGGCAGUUUUUUAACGGCAACAAUCCACUGGUGGGCUCCUCCUCUCUUUCGGGUGGUCUUGCCUCGCCACCGGCCAACUCUGUGGCCCCGGCGCCGCCGUCUGAGGUGCAGAACAAGCUGCUUUUGGACAAUUACGGGCGUGGACAGAGACGGGGCGGCCUGUCCGUGGACUCCAUUUCUGACCUGGUGGACAGUCAGUCUCGCCUGCUGGAGGCACUGCAGCUCUCCCAUCCAGCUGAACUGGAGCUGAAGAAGAGCGGCAGCUCUCAUGAGGGGAGGAGCCAAAGCAAGCUGAGCCUCAACCCCAUCUACCGGCAGGUUCCGCGGGUUCUGGAGCGCUGUUGUCGCCACAUCGAAACUCACGGUCUCCAGACGGUGGGCAUCUUCCGAGUGGGCAGCUCCAAGAAGAGGGUGCGGCAGCUGAGAGAGGACUUUGACAUGGGCGUGGAUGUGCAGCUGGACGAGGAGCAAAGCGUGCAUGAUGUGGCAGCCUUACUGAAGGAGUUCUUGAGGGAUAUGCCGGACCCGCUGCUCAGCAGGGAGCUGUACCCCGCCUUUCUGCACGCAAACCUUCUCCGAGGAGCAGAGCAGCUCCAGUACCUGCAGCACCUCCUCUACCUUCUGCCUCCCUGCAACUGCGACACGCUGCUGCGGCUCCUCACCUUGCUGCACACGGUGCAAAGCUUCGCACAGGACAGUGUCGGCACCAACGACGAGGAGAUCCCUGGAAACAAGAUGACCGCCGCCAACCUGGCCGUCAUCUUUGGGCCUAACUUGCUCCAGAAGGAAAGAGGGGGAGACGUGAGCCUUCACGCCAUGGGCAUCGAAGACAGCACGGCCAUCAUUAACGUCACGCUGGUGCUCAUCCAGAACUACAGGAGGCUCUUCAUGGUAUCGGCCGAGUUGCAACAAGAAGUCUUGAUGAGUCUUAUCCAGACCGAUCCAGAUAUCAUCGACUAUCUUCUCCGCCGUAAACUCAGUGGCAGCCACAUGACAGCGGAGACCAGCGGCGAGUCGGGGGGCCGCCGAGACACUGGGGCCUCUCUGGACUCGGUGGGCGCCUCCAGCGGGAGUCUGUCACCGCUAGAGCCCCCCUCACCCCUCUUCCCGCCCGACGGGAGUGGCUGCGAGGGUAGCCUAACCAGCGAGGUGUUCCUGAACGUGCUUAAACUGAAUCAGAGUCGGAAACGCCACGACUCCAGAUACGGUGAUAUCCGGCCCGGUAAAUCCAUCAGCCUCAUGCGUCAAUUCCAUUCCCACCAUAACCUGCUGAGCCUGGCCCAGCAUCCCUCCUUCUGCUCCGCCGCCUCCACCUCCAAUCUGCAUGAUCCAGACGCAGGGGUCGAGCGCGGGGGGUUCAUGUUGAGUGGCGAGGGCAGCGGCGGCUCUACCGAGAGCAGCAUUUGGGUGAGGCAGACGCCUACCGCAGAGGGUAAGGCCUCACCCUCAGCCAGCUUCUGGGACUUCUUCACGGGGAAAGGGUCGAGCUCCGAGACCGUGGUAUGAUGGGUGGAUGGAGGGUCAGAAGUUAAAAAGUUAUGCUCAAAAUGUACUUUUGAGUUUGACGUCUAAAAAAUGCAGUGGCCAUGUAUGCGCCUCAUGUGUACAUAAUGUAUUUUUACACAUUAUAGAGCUACACAAUUAAUUGUAGCAUCCUCUUACAACCCUAUUUUUGCUUUAUUUUUGUGCGGAAUAUAUGUAAUAAAGUGUCCGUUGUAAGCAAGUUAAAACAGCCAUCAGUUUGUGUCGCAAGUCAAAAUGGAGCCCCAACCACUGAUGGCGUUGUACGCUACUUUUACCACCAGGGGGCAGCAUGUACCACCUUUGACAUUUAAGUUCUAUUAACUGGAUUCUGAUGUACGCUAUUUUAACCACAAGGGGGGGGGGUGUACCACUUAUACCGGUGGGCGCUAUAAUUUAGAUAAAUAUGAAUUAGCCCCCUCAAUAAUCCUAUCCUGUGGAUUAUUUCAAGCAAGCCGUUUAUUUUAUAUUCCAAUAAUAUCUGUAUUUAUGUACACAUGAACAUCUCCCAUCGCACGCUCCCUUCAAAUUAAAGCCAAAAUGUAAAAGUCUCA